AUGCGGGCGAAGCGGCGGAAAGAAACGCGGGACGAUUCGGGCGAAUCAGACGCGCCGUCGUGCGUCGUGCACGACGCCCGGAACGAUUCGAAUGAAGAAACCGUCGGCGGGGAUUGGGUCGAGCUCAUCGAACACGGCGACGGCGCGGGACUCCUCGAGUGGCUCGUCGCCCCAGCGGACGUGGAGUGCGUGCGGAGCGCGUCGACGGUGACGUGCGUCCGACGAGGCGGGGCGGAGAGGACGACGGAGCGUAGAAAAUGGUUUUCCAUGGCUGACGUGGAGGCUACGUUGGCGUCGAGAGACGCGCGAUACGGGAUCGACGCGGACGUGACGUCGUACGUGGACGGGGUGCGAAGGACGCAUAAUUCGAACGAUGAUACUCAUGAUGUGUGUGAUGAGGCGUCGAACGAGAUCGUGGACGCGAAGGCGGUGAUGCGCGCGUAUCGCGAGCGCGGACGCUCGAUUCGGUUGUUACAUCCGCAAACGCGGCACGACGCGACGUGGAAGAUGUUGGCCACGCUGGAGAGUCACUUCGAGUGCGCGUGCGGGUGUAAUGUGUACGUGACACCGGCAAAUGCACAAGGGUUCGCGCCGCACUACGACGACAUCGACGCGUACGUGCUUCAAAUCGAGGGAGAGAAGCGCUGGCGCGUGUACGCGCCUUUUCAGAGCGACGAGCUCCCUCGAACGAGCUCUAAGAACUACACUCAGGAAGAGAUCGCGGGACUGGAGGUGUUGUUCGACGGUGUUUUAGAGGCUGGAGAUUUCUUAUACAUACCGCGAGGGUUUGUUCACCAGGCGGAGUGCUCGUCCAGGGCGCACAGCGUACACGCAACGAUUUCAACAAAUCAAGCAAACACGCACGCAGACGCGUUCGAGAUCGCGACGCAGACCAUCGCGCGCUCGCUCAUCGACGAGAGUAAAUGGCUUCGACGGAACAUAUAUAGACCGCACCAGGGCCCGCGGCGGUGCUUGGACAUGCAGCAGAUGGGUCAAGCGGUGCUCGCGCUGGGCUCGCGGGAUUUGGACCCGUACCUGUUCCACGCGUACGAAUCUCUCCGAGCCAGGUUUCAGGCGCAGCGUCUUCCGGUGCCCGAGACGCAUCUAGAGCGCUCGCGCACGUCGUGCACCGGCGACCGGGCGGCGGAAAGUUUUCGAGGAGGCGAAUUGACGAAGGUAGCGCUGCAGAGACGAGGAUGUUUGGUCCUCGUCGACGGCGCCGCGUAUCAUCCUUUUAGUAACUCUCGAGACGGGAGCCACGAGCGUAUUUUUAGCGUCAGCGGAGACGAACGAGGACGUGUGCCCGUCGACGACGACGUCAUCGACAUCUUAGACGAGUGUCUCUACGUUUUGCAAGAGCUCGACGGCGAGGCGACUGACGCCGCGGCGCUGGCGUCGACGCACGUCGCAAAACUGGAAAAUGGUCACGCCGGCAUCGUGGAUAGAUUGAUACACGCGUUCGCGGAAUUAAUCAGAGUCGGCGCGCUCGCGGCGUGUUAG